CAUACCCAAGUUUUCAACCCUAUACUGCUGGAACACUGACCAAUGAAAGGAGCGUGGUAUACCCCAGGAGCCCUGGCAGCAAACAACUCUGAGAUGAGGAAUGUCCAAGUCACGGAAUUGCUUUGGUUACCCCUUGAGCAUCUUCUUCAUCGUGGUCAAUGAGUUCUGUGAAAGAUUCUCCUACUAUGGAAUGCGAGCACUCCUGGUCCUGUACUUCAGGAACUUCAUUGGCUGGGAUGACGAUCUGUCCACGGCCAUCUACCAUACGUUUGUUGCCCUGUGCUACCUGACUCCAAUUCUUGGAGCUCUGAUCGCAGACUCAUGGCUGGGGAAGUUCAAGACAAUUAUAUCAUUAUCCAUUGUCUACACCAUUGGACAAGCAGUCAUCUCAGUGAGCUCAAUUAAUGACCUCACAGACCACAACCACGACGGCAGCCCUGACAGCCUUCCUGUGCAUGUGGCACUGUCCAUGAUUGGCCUGGUCCUGAUUGCCCUUGGUACAGGAGGAAUCAAGCCCUGCGUGUCUGCAUUUGGUGGCGAUCAGUUUGAAGAGGGCCAGGAAAAGCAGAGAAAUCGAUUCUUUUCCAUCUUUUAUCUGGCUAUUAAUGCUGGAAGCUUGAUUUCCACGAUCAUCACUCCCAUACUCAGAGUUCAACAAUGUGGAAUUCACAGUCAACAAGCUUGUUACCCACUGGCCUUUGGGGUUCCAGCGGCUCUCAUGGCUGUUUCCCUAAUUGUGUUUGUCCUUGGGAGCAGAAUGUAUAAGAAGUUCCAGCCACAAGGCAACAUCAUGGGUAAAGUGGUCAAGUGCAUUGGUUUUGCCAUCAAAAACAGGUUUAGGCAUCGGAGUAAGACAUUUCCCAAGAGGGAGCACUGGCUGGACUGGGCUAAAGAGAAAUAUGAUGAGCGGCUGAUCUCUCAAAUUAAGAUGGUCACGAAGGUGUUGUUCCUGUAUAUUCCACUCCCCAUGUUCUGGGCCCUGUUUGAUCAGCAGGGCUCCAGAUGGACACUGCAGGCUACAACCAUGAGUGGGAGAAUUGGAGCAAUUGAAAUUCAGCCGGAUCAGAUGCAGACUGUGAAUGCCAUCCUGAUUGUCAUCAUGGUCCCCAUUGUGGAUGCUGUGGUGUACCCUCUCAUUGCCAAAUGUGGUUUCAAUUUUACCUCCCUGAAGAAGAUGACAGUUGGGAUGUUCCUGGCCUCCAUGGCCUUUGUGGUGGCUGCAAUUGUGCAGGUGGAAAUUGAUAAAACUCUUCCAGUGUUUCCUGCAGGAAAUCAAGUCCAAAUUAAGGUCUUGAAUAUAGGCAACGGUAGCAUGACUAUACAUUUUCCUGGAGAGACAGUGACACUUGACCAAAUGUCUCAGACAAAUGAAUUCACGACUUUUGAUGUAGACAAGCUGACAAGCAUAAACAUUUCUUCUCCUGGAUCUGUAGACACUGCAGUAACGCCUAACUUGGAGAAGGGCCAUCGCCACACCCUUCUAGUGUGGGCCCCCAAUCAUUACCGUUUGGUAAAGGAUGGGCUCAACCAGAAACCAGAAAAAGGAGAAAAUGGAAUCAGAUUUGUCAGUACUUUGAACCAAGUGCUCCACAUCACAAUGAGUGGGAAAGUGUACGAAAAUGUCACCAGUUACAGUGCCAGCAAAUAUCAAUUUUUUCCUUCUGGUGUAAAAGAAUUUACAAUAAACUCCACAGAGAUUUCAACAGAGUGUCCGCAUAGUUUUGAAUCUUCCAAUCUUGAGUUUGGCAGCGCUUACACCUACGUCAUCAGAAGGGAGAAUAGUGGCUGCCUGGAAGUGAAGGAAUUUGAAGACAUUCCUCCCAACACGGUGAACAUGGCGCUGCAAAUCCCACAAUAUUUCCUCCUCACCUGUGGUGAGGUGGUCUUCUCUGUCACAGGACUGGAGUUCUCAUAUUCCCAGGCUCCUUCCAACAUGAAGUCGGUGCUCCAGGCAGGAUGGCUGUUGACCGUGGCGGUGGGCAACAUCAUUGUGCUCAUUGUGGCAGGAGCAGGCCACUUCAGCCAACAGUGGGCUGAGUACAUUCUGUUCGCUGGAUUACUUCUGGUUGUCUGUGUGAUAUUUGCCAUCAUGGCUCGAUUCUACACCUAUGUCAACCCAGCAGAGAUUGAGGCUCAGUUUGACGAGGAUGAGAAGAAAAAGAAUGCAGCAAAGAACAGCCUGUAUCCCAUGUUGGAACCUGCCCCACAGACAAAGAUGUAAAGGCCAGAAGGCAAGUAGAAAGUAGACUGAGCCCAGCAUAUGCUCUGACCUCUGUCCCUGGGGGACAGGACAGCCCAUUGGAUGGCCCUUAGAGGGGAAGACCGGAACUGUCAACCACACCAACAAAGCUAUGUUCUAAGCUGCCAGAUAUGGAUAUGAAACUCUGGAGGAAAUAUUUUUUAAUUCUAUUUAAAAUGUAUAUAGAGAGAGGGGGGAGUGAGAGAGAGAAAGAGAAAGAGAGAGGCACAUACUUUUUAAAACACUGACACCAUAUUUGCAUUCAGCUCUUCUCCUGCCACAGAAGUGAACUUAGUUGGACUAAUUUAAUUUUGAAAAGAUAACAGUACUCUAUGUUGUUUUCUUUCUAACACUUUCAUUUUAUGAAAAUGAUGUUGAAUUUUGAGUUUUUUGAUAGUGUAAAGUGUGUAUUGGCUAGUAGGAAUUGACAACUUUUCCUCUGGGGAUUUUGUUUUUCUAGUUUUGUUUGCCCUACCUCUUUUUAAAUUAUGUAUAACUCAAAA